AUGUUAAAGCAGCACAAAAACUGUUCGAAAUUAAAUGAAGAAGAUUUAGUAUUAUUGAAUUCGACAAAUAUAAUUCUACAAAAAAGUGCAAAAAGAGCAUCAAAGAAACUUAGCACAAAACUCAUAGGACCCUUCAAAAUCGUUCAGAAAAUUUUAGCAGUAACAUAUCGAUUAAAACUCCCAGAAACACUAUUAAGAAAAGAACCUCCAGAAAUUGCAACCAAAGAUCCAAAAGAACACGAAGUCAAAGCCAUACUAGACAAGAGAACAUACUACCGUCACCUACAGUACUUAGUAAAAUGGAAAGAUCACCCACUAUACAAUGCUACUUGGAAACCCUUGACUAAUCUUGAAAAUUACAAAGACUUGGUAAAAGAGUUCGAAAAAACUGGUAAAACUGUUUUAAAUGAGGGAGAGU